AUGUUAUACAAAGUAUUGCUCCUUCUUUUCACUUUUGUGACAACUAGUCAUGCCACAUUAGCCCGUAUCUCUCUGUACAACAGCACAGAUAGUACGUGCGGAGGUACAGGAAAUCCUAUCGAACUCUACGUCAGUAGUCUGAACAUGACUGCCGGCCGCACCUGUUACCAGAUCCCCUAUGACAUCACAGUGUCCAGCUAUAUGUUUACGACCUUUGACUACUAUGAUGGGGAGGAAGACGAGCUGGAGAUCAUCUUUUCUCCGAAUACGAACUGUCAGCCUACAACAGAUAGAGCAUCGUAUAUCGACACAAGUUACGCACUCUCUUGGCAGUGCCAGACACUGAUGCAACCCGCCCGGGCCUAUUCGGUCGCUGUUCUCUCUGAGAAGAGGAAGAGAUUGUCUGAAUUGCGACGAAGAGCAUGGGGGGGCUCCGGGCCGCUCGGUCGUAUAGGUGCCACACCCUUCAAUUUCCAGUGGGCCUUCUACAUGUUCAGAGGGGCCUUGUACAGGAUCAAUAUGCUCAAGUACGUAUUCGAUGGCAAUGAUGUCUGGGAACCACUCUCCGUGGAGGGGCUGACUCGCUCGGCUCAUGCGAUGAUGUUCCAGUACACUGGCAAUGAGUAUGGCUGGGUAACAGGCAACCCGGGCAUGAUCACAGAGACCAUAACAGAACACUUGUCGAGCCGUGGUGACUGGGAUCCUGUUGUCAUCGGAGCCAUCAUGCUGGAUGCUGUGGGUGGCCUACUCAGUAGCGGUAUCCCGACAGAUCAGUGGCCGCAGGAGAUCCAGAUAAGUCUGACGGACGUGAUGGCUCCUUUAACUCCGCAAGGUGAACCUUCUAUAAUGUUUCUCUGGAUCAGUACGUCGGUCUCUGUAAUUAAGGGGCCGUUAGCUCCUAAAUGGGGUACAGGACCUGUCUCUUCAGGGUUGAUCGGGCCGUGA